GUUAUAUGUGACCAAGGGGAAUACCCUCAUUUCCACAUACUUUAUGAAGUCCCAUAACCCUAUUAUAUGGGCUUUGGCCUAGGCUUUGGUUUACAGCCAUGAAGAGAGAAAUGGCAAGGGUUCUUCUUUUGAAUGUUUUUCUUGUGUUCCUAACCCUGGCCAAAGGGGAAGAGAGAGAUGUUAUCAAAGUUGGAGUUGUUUUGGACAUGGAUUCAUGGGUUGGGAGAGUGAGCAAUAUGUGCAUAAGCAUGGCCAUUCAAGAUUUCUACAAGAAGCACCCCAACUUCAACACUACCAUACUUCUUUCUUCAAGAGAUUCAGGUGGAGAUGUAGUCCAGGCAGCUUCAGCUGCUUUGGAUCUCAUGAAGAAUGAAGGAGUGCAGGCGAUCAUCGGCCCGCAAACAUCUGCAGAAGCCGAUUUUCCUGUUCAUCUUGGACAAAAAUCACAAAUCCCUAUACUCUGUUUCUCUGUGACCUCACCUUCUCUCUCGUCCUCGCAUACUCCUUACUUUAUUCGAGCGACCCCCAAUGACUCGGCCCAAGCGAGACCCAUUGCAGCUCUCGCAAAAGCCUACAACUGGAGAGAAGCUGUUGCCAUAUACGAAGACACCGAAUAUGGAGCCAGCUUCAUUCCAUACCUAAGAGAUGCACUCCAAGAAGUUGGCUCUCAAAUUCUAUUUAGAUGCGUCCUUUCCCCCAUGGCUUCUGAAAAGUUAAUCACCAAGGAGCUCAAUAGACUGAUGGCUAUGCAAACCCGGGUUUUUAUCGUUCAUAUGAUGUCUUCUCUGGCCUCCCGAUUGUUUCUGCAAGUACAACAACUCGGCAUGAUGAGCAAAGAAUAUGUCUGGAUCAUAACAGAUGGGAUCUCCAAUCAUUUAAACUCUAUGGAUCCUACAGUCAAGAGCUCAAUGCAAGGGGUGAUUGGUGUAAAAGCAUACAUACAGGAGUCGAAACAUUUGGCUAAAUUCACAGCUAGGUGGGAGCAGCAAUACAAGGAAGAGUAUUCAAAUGAAAAAGAAAUUCCAGAUUUAAAUGUUUUCGGUUUAAGAGCCUAUGAUGCAACUUGGGCUCUAGCUCUUGCAAUUGAAAAAUCUGGCACGGAAGCGGCAAACUUCCGGCAACCAAUCCCUGGGAAAUUGGCCGGAAAUAUGACGGAUCUCUCAACAUUACGAAUUUCCAUAUCAGGACCAAAACUCCUGAGAGCCAUCUUAGAGUCCCGAUUUAGAGGUUUGACCGGCCAAAUCCGGUUCAUUAAUGGAGAGCUUCUGGGUUCCAAAUUUCAAAUUGUUAACAUUGUCAAAGAAGGUGUGAGAGACGUUGGGUUUUGGUCGCCGGAGUCCGGACUGUUACGUGGCUGGAAAAUACGUCAGAAGGAAAAGGAUCUCAGACGAUUGAUCUGGCCUGGUGGAUCUGCGGUGGCGCCCAAGGGUUGGGUGGUGAACCCAAAUGGUAAAGAGAAAUUAAGGAUAGGUGUUCCAUUCACUCAUGGGAAGUUUGUGACUGUGGAAGAAGACCCUAUCAGUGGUGCCCAAAGGGUGACUGGUUUCUCUGUUGAUGUUUUUGCUGAGGUUGUGAAAGUUUUGCCUUAUAAUCUUCCCUACGAGCUUGUCCCAUUUGGAGAUGGCCAUGGCAAAAGUAAGGGAACAUAUGACGAGCUGGUUUACCAAGUGUUUCUUGGGAACUACGAUGCUGUUGUGGGCGAUGUAACAAUCAUAGCGAACCGAUCAAAUUAUGUCGACUUUACGCCACCAUACACAGACUCGGGGGUGUCAAUGAUAGUGCCUGUUAAAAGGAAACACGGGAGUGAUGCAUGGACAUUUUUUAUGCCUUUGACAUGGGAAGUUUGGUUGGUCAGCACUAGUUUCUUCUUCAUCAUAGCAUUUGUGAUUUGGUUUCUUGAGAAUGGGAGAAACAAAGAUUUUCAAGGUCCACUGAGAGAACAAAUGGGCAAAGCACUCUAUUUCUCCUUCUCAACACUAACCUUUUCUCAUCGUGAUAGGAUAACCAGCAAUUUGACUCGGGUUGUUAUCAUCUUAUGGUUGUUCCUAUUGCUUGUAUUAAGUAGCAGUUACACUGCCAACUUGGCCUCCAUUCUCACUGUAAAGCAAUUGGAGCCCACUGUUACAGAUAUUCAAUUUCUAAUAAGAAAUGGCGACUAUGUGGGGUACCAAAAUAAUUCUUUUCUGGAAGGGCUAUUGAAGAAGUUGGGGAUCCCAGAAUCGAAGCUAAGGGCCGUGCAGAAAGUCGAUGACAAUGCCAAAGCCUUGUCAAAGGGCAGCUCUAAGGGUGGAGUUGCAGCAAUCUUUGAUGAGAUCCCCUACAUCAAAAGUUUUCUCUCUGGCAACCUUGAUAAGUUCACUAUGGCCGGACCUACUUUCAAAACCGGAGGCUUCGGAUUUGUACUUCCGAAGAACUCUCCAAUGCUUUCAGACAUAUCUAGAGCUGUUCUAAAUGUAACUGACGGAGGUGCCGUGGCAGCACUGGAGAAGAUCUGGUUUGGGGAACAAACCACAAACCCAAACCUUUCGAAUGUACGCACCUCCUAUGGUCUGCAAUUUGACAAAUUCUUGGGCCUCUUCCUCAUGGUCGGUACCUCUUCUAUUGCGGCUAUGGUCAUAUCCUCUUUUCAACAGUGCAAUGAUCAUCGCAGUUAAGAAACUUGCAGAAUGCACUGGACAAUAUUCACCAACAUGGUAAACAAUUUUAUGAAGGGGAUCUUUCAUCCUGUAAUUGGAAGUGGAAGAGAGAUUUGGGAUAGAGGAAAAGAGCUCAAUAGAGAAGCCCCCAACAUUUACUGGUCCUCCCUGCUUUGGCUUACGUUUGGAAAGCUUUAGCUGCAAUGUUGGAACUCUCUCAUGUGAAAGAUGAUGAUAUCUUUUGCCUACUUGGGCUUACUUAUAUAUAAUAUAAAUGUUUAUUUAUUUGGUAAGUUUAAAUGUAUACAUGAAAACAUUAG